AUGACAUACAAAAUUAUUCAAGAUAAUCAAGAUAAUAACUUAUCUGAUAUUAAUGAUGAUAAUAGCUUGAUGAAAGAAUUAUAUGAAGAUGUUGAAGCACUUUGCUUUCGAAAUAUAAUGGAUCUUGAAGAAUAUGUCAAUUAUCCAGAAGAAAAAAAUACUUUGAAACACUAA